CCACGAACUUGAAUUCAAGCCUGGCUUAGCAGCUUAGUACUUGUUCGUCUAAAGUCUAGCUGAGACUCGUGCACGUUGCUUUCAUGCCGGACAUUCCAGUCGGAUCCCAGAUUUUUGACCUUGCAUUUCAUCCCACGCACUCGACUGUAUACACUGGCCUUCUUAACGGAAAGGUCAAGGCCUUUCGGUAUGAUGAACAAGGACAACAUGAAGAAAGCUUCGUGUUAAGACCUUCCAAGCGUUCUUGCCGUUGCUUGGAUACCAGCGAGGAUGGGUCUCAUCUUUGGGCAACUGGGAAGGCAAAAGCUAUUUUCACAAUUGAUACAGCCACUGGGACAGUCAUCGAGACUCGCAAAAAUGCCCAUGAUUCCCCAGUGAAUCGCAUCAAACGCCUCAUGCCCCAGAUGCUGGGCACUGGUGAUGACGACGGAGUAAUCAAGCUGUGGGACCCUCGAAAGUCUAAUCCCAUUCGAGGUUACACCCAUCAUUAUGACUUCAUCUCUGAUUUCCUUUGGUUAGACGACAAAAAGCAACUUAUCACAACCAGCGGCGAUGGCACAUUAUCAGUGAUUGAUGUGCGUGGAAAGAAGCCAGAACCGGUGGCACAGUCCGAGGAUCAGGAGGAUGAGCUACUCUCUAUUGUUGCUAUUCGAAGCGGAUCCAAAGUAGUAGUCGGCACGCAGACGGGGAUUUUAUCCGUGUUCAAUCGUAGCCGUGGAUGGGGAGACUGUGUCGACAGAGUUCCUGGGCACCCCCAGUCGAUUGAUGCCCUUUGCACGCUGCCGUCGUCAUACCCGUCUUCUCACUCCACCAUCCUCACAGGAUCGUCUGAUGGUCUUCUGCGGGCCGUGCAGCUAUUUCCCACCAAGCUCCUUGGGGUUGUUGCUGACCACGGGUCUUUUCCCAUCGAAAGAAUUGCAGUCGAUCUCGGUGGGGAGGGAAGAUGGGUCGGUAGUGCAGGUCACGAUGACACGCUCAAGAUGACAGAUCUCAGGGCCAUUUUUGAGGACGAAGAGGGUGAAGAGGCAGUUGACGAAUCCGAAAAUGUACAAGCCUCGGAUAUAGACCCCCAGGAACCCGACGGAGCUGUUGUCGAAACCCAAGCACCUCCCGAGGGCACUGCAACAGUAAUCGAGGCGUCUGACAGUGAUGAGGAUGCACAAAACUCUCACUCCCCGAGGGAAAAGAAAAGAAAAUCGAAAAGCAGCAAAAAUGCAUUGGCAGUGAGGAGCAAAAAGGCACGGAACCAGAUUGAUGCGGACCCUUCCUUCUUCCAGGGCCUAUGAUCUUGGCACCGAUGUGCAUCUCAUCUCAUCGCCUUGCCUCCUCCUGAUACGGGUAGUACUCACAGCCGUUCAGGGACCGGAGGUCCAUUAUGGUUAACCCGUCGGGAGGGUCCGAAAGGCAUGCUGUGAGAUUAGUGCAUCCACGAUUAUCCAUCCCUGUCAGUGUUUUGGUUGCUACAUAUUGCAUCAUCUUAAUGAGAUCCGUGGGCUUUUGUUUUGGUCCGAGAACGCGGUUGUCCUUAGUCUAUUAAUGGACAGAUAGAUCUGCGAAAGCUCAGCGCUUAGAUACUUGUUAUGUGAUAUGUAAUUAUGCUAUCUCAUUCAUGUUAGCUCACAU